AUGGCCGGCUUUGGGCAGACGCCAGGCGGGGGCUUCUCCUUCUCCAGCACUCCCGCCUUUGGCGCCUCCGCCUCUGCCGCCGCCAACCUCCCCAAGGCUGCCUCCACCCCGCUGUUUGGCGCCACGCCGGCCGCCACGCCCACGUUCGGCGCAGCCUCCACGCCCGCGUUUGGCGCAGCCUCCACGCCCGCGUUCGGGGCAGCCUCCACCCCAUCCCUGUUUGGAGCCCCCACCGCAGCAGCCUCCCCCUUCUCCUUCUCCACCUCCCAGCCAGCGCAGACGGCACCGUCGCUGUUUGGCAGCGCACCAGCCGCCACCGCGCCGUCGCUGUUUGGAGCGUCGCCGGCCGCCACCACGGCGCCGUCGCUGUUUGGGGCAGCGCCGGCCGCCGCCGCCGCCUCGCCGUUUGGCGGCGUCGGCGGGCUGUGGGGCACAGCGCAGCCGCCGCAGCAGGCGCAGCAGCAGCCGGGCGCGGCGGCGGCGCUGGGUUUCGCCGGCGCCGCGCCGCCGCCCGCGCCCGACCUUUCGGCCAUCCGCGAGCUGGAAAGCAUCAAGGACAGCUACGUGGCGGGUGCCGGGAACCCGCGGUACCGCUUCCAGCACCUGCUGCUCAACGUCGUCGACAAUCCGGCAGCCAGGGUGAAGCCGGCCGGCGUGGAUGAGCUGGCGUGGCGGGAGGCACUGCAGCGCGCCGGCGGCGCCGACAACCCAGAACACCUCUGGCCGGUGCUGGCACACGGCUUCAAAGACCUGCUGGCCAGGAAGGCGGCACAGGACGCCGCCAUCAAGGAGCAUGGGGAGCGGCUGGAAGGGCUAUCCCAGCUGGCGGCCCAGCUGGCGUCCCGUCAGCAGGCGGUACUGCGGGAGCAGCUGGAGGCGGUACAGCGGCGCCACGUGCGGCUGUGCCACCAGCUGCUGCGCGUGCUGCGCCACGUGGAUGCUCUGGAGGGGCGGUUUGCUCAGGCGGUGGGAUACCGCGGCGCCAGCCCUCGGGACCUCCUGCCCCGCCUGUCGGCCCAGCUGCGGGAGAUUGAGGCGGGACUGGCGCCCUCGGCGGCCAACGGCGGCGGGCUGCAAGGCAUGGUGGCGGCGCUGGCGGCGGCGGCGCGGCUGCGGGCGGGCGCGCCCGGCGGCGGCGCCGUGGCGGAGCUGGAGGCGAGGGUGGACCCCGCCGCGCUGGACCAGAUGUUUGGCAUCCUGAGCCAGUACACGGAAGCUGUGGGGAAGCUGGGGGAGGUGCUGGGGCGGGACGAGCGCCACGUGGGCAUGCUGGAGUACGCCGCGGGCGAGGGGCUGGACUAG